AUGAAUAACAACAAUCAUCGUCCCUCAUCGUCUGGAACUUACCUGGGAAGAGACUCGUAUAGAACAUCGAGAAGAGAAAAUAACGGCGGAUAUGAAUAUCAGGAUCGUGCAAGAGAAAGAGCUCGUGAUAGUCCAUAUGGAGAAAGAAGUGUGCCAGAAUAUGAGAGAAGAAGUGGGAAUGAUAGGUACGAUGACAGAAGAGGUGGGAAUGAUAGGUACGAUGACAGAAGAGGCGGGAAUAAUAGAUACGACGACAGAAGAGGCGGGAAUGAGAAGUACGAUGACAGAAGAAGUGGGAAUGAUAGGUACGAUGACAGAAGAGGUGGGAAUGAUAGGUACGGUGACAGAGGAAAUGGUAAUUAUAGGCCUUCUCGACCAUCUCAUGACACAAGGAACGAAAGAUAUAAUAAUAACAGAUACUACAGGGAUAGAGGAGGAGAUAGGGAUGAUAGGGGAGACUCACUGCUCACGUAUAAACCGAGAUACGAUGAUAGACAACAAACGGGAAGACAAAGAGUUCCCACACAAGACUCUAAACCUAAGUUGACUAAAGAAGAAGAAAUAGAGAGAUGCGAGAAGAAAUUAGCAAAUUUACAAAAGGUUCCAAAUAUCGAGGAUAUAACUAUUAUUGACUCGAAAUGGGGUGUGAAACCAAAGGGGUUUGAGAAUGUUACAGCCCAGCGAGCCAAAUUAUCAGGUUUGUUUCCUUUACCAGGCUAUCCAAGACCAGUUGAUUUUACAAAAUUGGAAGGGGUGGCUAGAGAUAGAUUAUUGAAUUCGAAUGAUAUUUUGAAUGGCUCGUCUAAGAUUGACCCCAUCGAUUCAAGAAAUUCUAGUAUCUUGUUCAUUAAAAAUAUUAAUUUUGGAAUAAUUGACUAUUUGAAGGUUACUGAAUAUUUCAACAAAUUUUUGAGCCAGAUUGAUAUCCCCGAAACCACUUUAAAUAACGUGGAAUCCAAAAGGAAAACUAAAGAUGAUCAAAAUUUGAUCAUUGAAUUUAAGAACAAUACAUGUGCAACGAUUGCAAUGGCAUUAAACUCUAGGAAAUUAUCAUUUAAUGAAAUGAAAUUGGUCAAAAAUGACGAUGAAGGAAACCCUAUUCAUCAAAUCGGUCAAGACACAGGUGAUGAUAUCGUACUUGACAUUUCAAGACCUGGAGAAUAUGUAGUCCAAUGUUUACCACCAUAUUCCGAAAUUAAAGAGGAUGAAAUCGAAGAAAGUGUCACCGAUAGCCCAAGAAAAAUUACAGUUUUAGUACCCUCCACACUUGAUGAAACAGAACUAAUUAAAAAUAUAAAGGAGGUAGGUACUAUUAAAGGAUUUCAGAUGUUAAGAGAAAUAGGUACAAAAAAAUCAUUAGGAAUCGCUUUCUUAGAGUUCUAUAUUGAUCCAACUAAAUAUCAAAAGACUAUUAACGCAAUUCCAGUAAUACAAACAUUGGUUGAAGACUUGAAACAAAGCCUGUUUAUAGAAGAUGCGUUCUUCUCAUGCAUUAUUCCUGAUCAUACCAGUAUUCAAGAUUGUCCAAUUGAUUUGAGUACUUUAAAGAAAUUAGUGAAGAAUGAACAUGUUACAACGCAUCCAAGCCUGCGAGUUAUUCAGCUUAUAAAUAUCGUAACAGCCAAGGAUUUGAUGGAUGAUGCAAGUUUCAAAUUUAUUCAAAAGGAUAUUCAGCAAGAAGUUUCAAAAUUUGGUAACCUUAAAACAAUCAAAAUCCCAAGACCAGCGAACGAUUAUACUCCUGGGAUAUCGCAAUUUACCCAACCAGGACUAGGAAAGAUAUAUAUCGAGUUUGAUGACGAGGAAACUGCAUUGAACGCUAUCAUGGGAUUAGCAGGUAGAAUGUAUAAUGAUAGAACAGUACUUUGUUCGUUUUAUGAUUAUGAUGAUUUUAAAAACGGACUACUUUAA